UGUGUCACUUGACUGUUACUCUGCAGAUUUCAUCCUAUUCGAGGAGUCAAAGACAGAGAUUUUGAAAGUUAGGGUUUUAAUCGCGGAAUCCCAAAAUGGAAGAAAUCAUCCAAGGUGUCAACAGCAUCAAUUUGACCGCCGAUUCCUAUAAGAAGAACCGGAUUCAAGUCUCAAAUACCAAAAAACCCUUGUUCUUCUAUGUUAAUCUCGCCAAGAGGUAUAUGCAACAGCACAAUGAAGUGGAGCUAUCUGCCCUUGGCAUGGCUAUUGCAACUGUUGUUACAAUUGCUGAAAUUCUGAAAAACAAUGGCUUAGCUGUUGAGAAGAAGAUCAUGACCUCAACAGUUGACAUGAAGGAGGACGUGAGAGGGCGGCCUGUCCAAAAAGCAAAGAUUGAGAUAUUGUUGGGGAAGACGGAGAACUUUGAUGAAUUAAUGGCAGCUUCUGCUGAAGAAAGAGAUGUUGUGGAUGGAGAAGUGCAGGGUUGAGACUCUGAAAGAAGUUCGUUACUUUCUGGUGGUCAGUUCUUAUUGCCACUAUAUGGUUAAGCUAAUUUGGUUUCUUCUACAUUGUAGGUGUUGAGUUUUCUUGAUUGUGCUAGGAUGAUAAUUAAUUUCUUUUAUAUGCUUCCUUUUCAAUAUUCAGUUUUGUUACCUGAUUCUUUUGGCUUCUGUUUUCUCAAACACAUCGAUGCGAUGUUGGUAUUG